AGAAUCUGACUUUGAAAAUGACAACAGAAGCACAUGGCAGCCCCUUAGAUCAGAAGCAGGAUAAGAAUGUCUGGACAAGACCAUUCCAACCAGCCACAGAGUACAAGACACUGGCAUCUCUCUGGCUGUGUAGAACAACACACCAGUCCAAGGGACACUCUCUGAAGUAACUCGUCCCUUUGGAAAAAAGAAGCCAGUGCCCCACACAGCAGCUACUAAUAUCCCAAAGAAACUGAAGAAUCUCCAGGAUGACUCACACCAUGGAUAACAGUAGCCACUCAACAUGGAACAUUGAGAGGUCAGUAGUCUGCAUAAUCCUGAGCUUGUCGUUUGUUAUUGGGACUCCUGGAAACUGCAUUGUCAUCUGGACUGUUUGUACAAAAAUGAAGCAAAUCUCUCCUUCAGUCCUGCUAAUCUUGAACUUGGCCAUUGCAGACAUCCUAGUACUGAUUACUUUGCCAAUCUGGAUUUACUCCUUUGCCGACUCCUGGGUUUUUGGAACCAUCUUCUGCAAAAUACUGGUUUUCAUCAUUUACUGCAGCAUGUAUGCCAGCAUAUUUCUGAUUACUGCUCUCAGUUUGGAGAGAUUAAUGGCUGUGUUUUAUCCAUUCACAAUUCAGAGAUAUAAAACAAAAGAAAAUAUUUUUGUCAUCAUGUUCCUUAUUUGGUUCCUGGCUAUUACUUUUGGAAUUUCUGUCAUCCCAUUUCAAGAGACAGAAAAAAUGGGUGGUGGAUUGCAAUGCACAUGUCGCAAUUAUUCUUCUAACAGACAGAAAAUAUCCUAUCUUUUGCUGGAAACUCUUGCAGGUUUUGUAAUUCCUUUUCUUAUAAUUUGCACUUGCUACGUGUGUGUUGUGAAGAGAAUUAGCAGAAUGACUUACCAAUCAAAGCGUCGCUCUGAACAGUUAAUCGCCAGCGUGGUUGUAGCGUUCAUUUUCUGUUGGCUCCCACAUCAUCUCUUCAACAUCCUGGAGAUCGUUUCAGUACAGAUAGAACUUACUAACAAAGAAGUGUCUUUGGCACUGGAUGAAGUUUUAGACAUAGGCGUGUACAUCUCUGGAGCUCUCGUAUUCAUCAGUAGCUGCAUUAACCCUCUGCUUUACGCCUUUGCCGCACGGAAAUUCCAAAACCACCUGAGAUUUGCCAAGAUAUCAAAGCUGUUUGAGCAAAUGAGUCAGACGGUAACUGAGGAAGACAGGAAAAAGAGCUCCACGGUAAUCCAGCAGGAAAAUACUACAAAAAGCACAGAGAAUCUUUAACAUGGUUCCUAUUCCAAGUAAAUAAUAGGUUUCUGGGGCAUUCAACGAGCAACCCUUUCACCUCAUGUUUUUUUUUUUUCUUUCCGGAAAAUACCGACAGAAAAAUCAAGGAAUAGCCUGUCUACUCCAGAGGAAGCUAGAUGGGUAAAUGUCAUUAGAAUGUAUUUUUUGUAUUAGAAGAAUGUACAGGAACARUCAAAUUCAGUUCCAUAUCACAGUAUUAUCACUGUUUCAGUUCUCUUGAGAACUUCGACAAGGUAACAGAAGCCAAAACCAGGAGGACUGCAGCAUUUUUACUUUCCAUCAAGAUUGCAAUUUCUAGAAAAGACUAGUAUUUUAAUUAUACAUGAAACUUUAUACAUUGUAAAUAAAGUUGUUUUUAUUCAGGACUGUAUUUAGGCCAGUUUAAAAAUAGCAAGGACUGUUUAUAUGAAAUACACAUACUAUAAUCAGACAGUUUAAGUUGUCAGGAUAAUUUGUGGGGGAAGGAAGAGCCACCUUGUUAUAUUUUACUUGCAAGAAGCAUAUGCCAGCAGUGCAGAACAUUUGUCAUCUUGAGAAGUGCAAUUUGUAAGAAAACAGGUUUUUCAUACAAGAUUUUAUAUAUAUAUAGAAGAAAAUGGACUUCACCUUUAAAAGCGCAGUAAAUUUUGAACUUGCAAGGAAUUUUUUAUUUCUGGAAACAUGUACAAGCUGAGAAAAGAAACUAUGUAGCAUGCAUAAAUGUUUUCUUUUGAAGCUUCAAUUUUGCCUAACAUGAUUAGUUUUCCUUUGUUUACUUUAUGCCAAUGACUUGUAAUGAUAAGAUUAAGAUAACUACCGAUUACUAAGAAAUGUAUCACAGUGUUCUGUAUCUUGUGUUCUGGACAGCUGCAUAGUAGCCACAUAACUUAUCUUUACAGAGAAACUACAAAAGACUAACUACAUCUUCCUUAUCAGAAGUUGUUUGUGCAGCAGCCAGAGAUA